CCGAACAGUCAGGUAACCUUCUUUUCAACGCCACGCUUCGAUCCCUAACACGCCAUCUUACUCUGCUUCUUUAGUGAUGCUAAUCCUUAAGCAUUCUUCUUCGAAUCAACAACUCCCACCUUUACAAAAUACUCUGUGUUCUUGGUGUUGUGUCUGUGAUCGAUUCACCCGAUACCGAUAGCCUUUUAAACUGAUCAAAAAAGGGGAUUCACGUUCCAGAUUCAGAAAGAAAUGGCUUCUCUGAUCCUUCCCACAAAGCAAAACCCUCCAUCGUCUUCGUUUCUACAACAAAAUCAUCAAAACAAUCCGUUUUUCACUAACAAAAGAAGAAAGCUCAAGAGGAAUCAAGCCCUAGUUCCCGUUGCAAGAUUAUUUGGGCCUUCGAUCUUUGAAGCUUCAAAGUUGAAGGUUUUGUUUCUAGGAGUUGACGAGAAGAAGCAUCCUGGAAAACUUCCAAGAACAUAUACACUUACACAUAGUGAUAUCACGUCUAAAUUGACUCUGGCAAUCUCUCAAACUAUCAAUAAUUCUCAGUUGCAGGGUUGGUAUAACCAGUUAUACAGAGAUGAAGUGGUAGCAGAGUGGAGAAAAGUGAAAGGGAAUAUGUCUCUUCAUGUUCAUUGUCACAUAAGUGGUGGCCAUUUUCUUCUUGAUUUGUGUGCUCGACUCAGGUUCUUCAUCUUCACCAAAGAACUCCCUCUGGUGUUGAAGGCAUUUGCUCAUGGAGAUGGGAAUUUGCUAAACAGCUACCCGGAGUUGCAGGAAGCUUCGGUUUGGGUUUACUUUCACUCAAACAUUCAAGAAUUCAAUAGGGUUGAAUGUUGGGGGCCACUCAGAGAAGCAGUGGGACCCUUAUCCACCACCACUUCAUCAUCAUCAUCAUCAUCAUCAUCAUCAUCAUCUGAAUCCACCAUUACUGAAGCUGGAGAAGGAUCAAGCACUUGGGAGAUCCCAAAGCCAUGUCUAGAAGCAUGUGCAUGUUGCUUUCCACCGAUGAGCUCAAUCCCAUGGUCACAUGAUCUUGUUAAGAAUCAAGAUGAUGAUGAUGGUGCCACCCACCAAGGGUUGCAACAAAAAGCUUGAUCAUCAAGCUUUUCUUUAUGGGCGUUUUCUUUGUUUAUGUAUGUAAUGAUGAUAAAACAUGUAUUGUUUUUUGUAUAUAGCAUUUUUAUUGAUACCAAGUCCAAAAAUAUAAUUACACCUUAAAACAUAACUAGGAUAUCCUACGUAAAUUGUUGGGAUCUGUUUAAAAAUAUUGGGUU